AUUCAUCUUCAUUUUUUGUUUUCCCUUCUCUUUUCUAGGUAAUCCGAGGCUCGUGGCUCGCGUUGCUCCACACCGCUUGCGGCUCCGCCCCGUCUCCGUCCCCGGUGAUGCGGAGAAUUUGAGGUCUGCUCUCUGGUGUGUGUGUGGUCAUGGAGCAGCCGCCGGCGCGUAACGACGAAGCCGGCUACCGAGGCAGCACGCGGGGCGACAUGGCGGUCGCCGACGAGCUGGAUCUAAUGGAGGAGUUCCUGCUCGCCUCGCCGGGGCUCGACUACCCGGACUUCCUGCCCCCCGAGUCCCCGGCCCCCUUCUCCCCGCUCUUCGACGUCGGCAGCUGCAUCACCACCGCCGCCACCCCACCCGACGCUCCCGCCGCCACCAGCACCUGGCUGCUCCAGCCGCAGCAGGGCCACGUCAAGGAGCGGCUGCAGCGGGCGCUGCAGGGCAUCGCGCGGCGCUGGCAGGCGCAGCGCGGGUGCGGCGGCGAGCUGCUCGUCCAAGCCUGGGUGCCCACGCGCAUCGGGGACCGCCAGAUGCUCACCACCUGCGGGCAGCCCUUCUGGCUGGACCGCCCCAGCGGGCGCCUCGAGAGCUACCGCGGCGUGUCCGUCAAGUACCAGUUCUCCGCCGACGAGCUCGCGCGCGACGCGCUGGGCCUGCCCGGCCGCGUCUUCGUCGGCCGCGUGCCCGAGUGGACCCCCGACGUCCGCUACUUCACCGACCAGGAGUACCCGCGCGUGCGCCACGCGCAGUACUUCGACAUCCGCGGCAGCGUCGCCAUGCCCGUCUUCGAGCGACGCACCGGGGCAUGCCUCGCCGUCGUCGAGCUCGUCAUGACCACGCAGAAGAUCAACUACAAUGCCGAGAUCGAGAACAUAUGCAACGCGCUACAGGAGGUUGAUCUCAGAAGCUCCGAUGUUUCAGCUAGUCCUCGCGCACAGGUGUUUGGUUCUUCUUACCAAGCAAUUGUACCAGAGAUCAUGCAUGUCCUCAGAGCGGUUUGCGAGACCCAUCAGCUGCCGCUGGCCCAGACGUGGAUAUCGUGCGUCUGCCAGGCCAAGAAGGCGAGCCGCCACUCUGACGAGACUUACAAGUGCUGCGUCUCUACCGUGGACGAGGCGUGCUAUGUCCGCGAUCCAUCCGUCAUGGGCUUUCACCAGGCUUGCUCUGAGCAUCAUCUGUUCAGAGGUGAGGGUGUUGUCGGCAAGGCCCUCGGGACACAUGAGCCAUGUUUCUCCCCGGAUAUCACUACCUGCAGCAAGGUCGAGUACCCUCUCUCUCAUUCUGCAAAGUUUUUCAGCUUGAGGGCUGCGGUGGCCAUUCGGCUGCGAAGUGUCAGGACCGGGAGUAUGGACCUUAUCCUGGAAUUUUUCUUGCCGAUGAACUGCGUAAAGAGUGAAGAUCAAGGGGACAUGCUUAAUUCUUUGUCCAAUACCCUAGAGCAAGUCUGCUCUACAUUACGGGUUGUCGGUGUGAAAGAACUGGCAAAUGAUGGAUCACCUGAAUCGAGCCCUCCAGUCACACCAGAAUUUUGUGGCAAGCCUGAAAACUUGGAUGUGCUCUCUUGUGGCAUCAAUGUUCCUGCAAGGAUAACAUCACCGGAAGCGACUGAGGAGGUAUCCUCAUGGAUUGCAAGCCUUGUGGAUGUUCAAAAUAAGGGGGUGAAGGGAGAAAUAAAUUCCGACCUACCAUUUGGAUUCAGCAAACAAGAGGAUGAAGGCUUCAGUGUUACAGCUGGCUGGGCAACUUCACCUGUACUGAUACCUGAAGAUAGCAACUUCUUUCCAGGGUUUAAGAAGCAUGAAGAAUACGAGGCCAAGGAAGCAAGCUGUACGAGUGAUCCAAGCCUUUCAAACUCAGAUAAAGCAGUAGAAAAGCGGCGGACUAAGAUGGAGAAAACUGUUAGCCUGCAAGAUCUCCGGAAGCAUUUUGCUGGCAGCUUGAAAGAAGCUGCAAAGAAUUUAGGAGUGUGCCCUACUACAUUGAAGAGAAUAUGCAGGCAGCAUGGAAUUAAUCGUUGGCCAUCAAGGAAGAUCAAGAAAGUUGGGCACUCCCUAAAGAAACUGCAAAUGGUCAUUGAUUCGGUACAUGGAGCUGACGGAACUGUUCAGCUGACUUCACUCUAUGAAAAUUUCACCAAGACCACAUGGUCAGAAAGAGAGCUACAGGGAGAUCACAGUUGUCCAGCAUCAGAGCAAAAGUUUCACCUGGAGCCUUCAGUUCCUGAGCGGCUGUGCGAGAGCAGAUUCAGUUCACGCACCUCUGGCUCUAAUUCUCUCUCUCCUACCUACAGCCAGAGCUCAAAUUCGAGCCUUGGUUGUUCCAGUGAUCCGAAGCCUCAACUGCAGCAAAGCAGUGCUCCUGAUCUUCCAAUUAAGCAAGAAACUUCUAUGGAGGAAAAUCAGAGUUCCACACAGAUGACAGAUGCGAGCCAUGCUGAACUGCAGAUAUUAAGUGAAGAAAGACCUGUCACCCUUUGUAGGUCUCAGAGUCCCAUGCUUAUAAGUGAACAAAAGCCAAUGGAGAACAAGCCCAGCAUGCAAGAAGCUAAGCCUGAUAUUCUCAAGAUAAAAGCAAUGUAUGGCGAGGAAAGAUGCAUAUUCCGGCUUCAGCCAGAUUGGGGCUUUGAAAAGCUGAAAGAAGAAAUUGCAAAGCGGUUCGGCAUUUCGCAGGAAACAUGUGAACUCAAGUACUUGGAUGAUGAGUCGGAGUGGGUUCUUCUAACAUGUGAUGCAGACCUGGAGGAGUGUGUUGAUGUAUACAAGUCAUCGAGUGCUAAAACAGUAAGGAUAUCGGUGAAUGCGACAGUUAGACCGGUGCUUGGUGGUUCCUUUGGUCUUUCUGGUGUAUCCCGAGAAUGAUUUUCCUGCAUCCAAUGCAAAUACCCCGUCUUUCAAGUAGACAAGGCAUCGACCCUGCCCUCGGUUUCAGUCAUGGUGAUAUGCACAGGCCACGUUUGUAAAUAUUUGGGGAUGAGGUACCAUCCAGUGGUCAGAUGCUCGGUGAAUUAUCACCAACCUUGUCUGUUAUGACUAAGGAUGGAACUCUGUACUUCUAGACUAGCUUUUGUUCAGGCAUAGGGAAAAUAGUUUGUUGCAGUUACCAAACUAGUGUACAGAAUAGGAAAGGAUAGGAAUUUGUCGAAAUGAAGCUUUGCGUUAGGUUUAGAACUCUCAAUCUAGUUGCAUAACAAAUGUAUGUUCUUCCUGGGCUUGUUCUGUCUCUAUAGUUAUGAAGAAUUAUCUUCAAGAUUUCAAAGCUUGCUUGAACGCACGAGCUGUAAGGAGAGAAUUAUGCCUCGUGCCUUCACAUGUCAGUUUGAGCUCCACGAAGAUACGUUCUUACAAUGCUGAAAUGUGUUCUCACCUGUUGCAGAAGGGUACAUAAGAUGAGCACUCGAAUUGUUGUCAAGGCAAGAAUGCAUGCAUCAAGCUCUUCUCAAUGUCGAAACUGCAAUCCUGCUUGUUCUAGAUGUUGGUGUCGAAUCUGGUUUAUAUGUUGGAGUUGGAUAUUUUUGGUAGUGAGUCAGGGCCUGUCUAGACUCCUAGACAGCUUCUGCCUGACAGUGGUGUAGAGGAGCUGUUUUCUUUUCCUUAUUUUUCAUUCAGGACAAUGGAAUGCUAUGGGUUUUGGAUGCAGUCUGUUGCAUAAUUGCUCCCAACUUUAUAUGUAUAAUACAGUUCCAUUUAGAAA